CUCUCCUUCUGCAAACACCUUAGAAAAACCAAACCUUUGAUAGAGACUAAUGAUAGGACUAAAUUGUAUAUAACCCCACUCUUCUUUCUCUCCAUGUAUAUAUAAAUGGAAAAUCUUUUGCUCUACUUCAAGAAAAAUAAAUGGGUCUCCUUUCAUCUCUUAUCCUGAAAAAGCUGUCAGCCGGAGAGAGAGAGAGAGUAAAAGUUAAGAAGAGGAGGGGAAAACAAUAGCUGUAAAAUUGUGCAGGGUUUUAUAACACAGUUGCAGCUAUAGCCUUUGGCACUAUACUCUGUAGUCUGUAGUGUGUACUAUUUCAUUUCUUGACUUUAUCUUCUCCAUAAUUCCUCCCUUCCCCCACUCUUUGAUACCAUGAAUCAUGCAUAGAAUAGAUCCUACAUGAUUACACUGCAAUCGAGGAGAAGAAAGAUACUCAAAUGUCCUGCUUACAAAUCAUGUGACAAGUUUUUAUUCAACAAUCUGUCUCACUGAAUGUUGGUCGAGUUCGCCGGAGAUUUACAGGGGUGACACCGCGCACGGCGGAGGUUGGUUUCAUGGAGUUUUUCAGAAUGAUGGGGUUUCUGUCGUUUCUUCUGUUUUCUUCAAGCUUCUUCCUCGUCGUUAACUCCGAUGACGGGGGGACAUUGGUGGAGAUAAAAAAGUCAUUUAGAGAUGUGAAUAAUGUGCUUUAUGACUGGACUGAUUCAGCACCUUCUUCAGACUACUGUAUGUGGCGAGGUGUUUCUUGUGAUAAUGUCACCUUCAAUGUCGUUGCGCUUAAUCUUUCAGGUUUGAAUCUUGAUGGUGAAUUGUCACCAAGUAUUGGAGACCUCAAAGGUUUACUCUCCAUCGAUCUUCGUGGAAAUCGAUUAUCUGGCCAAAUCCCAGAUGAGAUUGGUGAUUGUAGUAGCCUUAAGAACUUGGAUUUAUCGUUCAAUAUGCUAACUGGAGACAUACCAUUUUCGAUAUCUAAGUUAAAGCAGCUUGAACUCUUAAUCUUGAAAAACAAUCAAUUAAUCGGACCAAUCCCAUCAACUUUAUCACAGAUUCCAAAUUUGAAGAUUUUGGAUCUGGCACAAAAUCAGCUGAAUGGGGAAAUCCCAAGGCUUAUAUACUGGAAUGAAGUUUUACAGUAUUUAGGAUUGAGAAGCAACAAUUUGGUCGGAGAUCUCUCUCCAGAUAUCUGUCAACUAACCGGCCUGUGGUAUUUCGAUGUGAGGAACAAUAGUUUAACUGGCACAAUUCCUUCAAAUAUUGGCAACUGUACUGGCUUCCAAGUAUUGGAUUUGUCAUACAAUCAAUUGACGGGAGAGAUUCCAUUUAACAUUGGUUUCCUUCAAGUUGCCACAUUAUCACUACAAGGAAACCAACUAUCGGGGAAAAUCCCGUCUGUGAUUGGACUCAUGCAGGCUCUUGCGGUUUUGGAUUUAAGUUGCAAUAAUUUGAGCGGACAAAUUCCUCCAAUCCUUGGAAAUUUGACUUAUACCGAGAAAUUGUAUCUCCACAACAACAAGUUGACUGGAUCCAUUCCUCCAGAGCUCGGGAACAUGUCAAAGUUACAUUACUUGGAACUGAAUGAUAAUCAGCUAACUGGUCAUAUUCCUCCAGAACUUGGAAAGCUCACCGACUUAUUUGACCUGAAUGUUGCUGGCAAUAAACUCGAGGGAAGAAUACCUGAUAAUCUUAGCUCUUGCACUAAUCUCAAUAGUCUCAAUGUCUAUGGAAACCAGUUGAAAGGCACAAUCCCUGCUGAAUUUCAGAGACUUGAAAGCAUGACUUACUUGAAUCUUUCAUCAAAUGGUAUUACUGGUCCGAUUCCAAUCGAGCUGUCGCGAAUUGGUAACUUGGAUACACUGGACCUCUCAAAUAACAAGAUCAGUGGUCCAAUUCCUUCUCCUCUUGGUGACUUGGAACAUCUACUAAAACUGAAUCUGAGCCGGAACGAGUUAACAGGGUAUAUACCCGCUGAGUUUGGUAAUUUAAGAAGUGUCAUGGAGAUAGAUAUUUCUUAUAACCAUCUCUCUGGUAUAUUACCUCAAGAACUCGGUCAACUUCAGAAUCUGUUCAUGCUAAAGUUAGAAAGUAACAACUUAACUGGAGGUUUGAUUUCAUUGGUGAAUUGCCUUAGUCUUUCAAUUCUAAACGUAUCGUAUAAUAAUCUGGCUGGAGAUAUUCCCACCGGGAAUAAUUUCUCAAAGUUUUCACCCGAUAGUUUUCUUGCAAACCCCGGUCUUUGCAGUAGCUCUAUGAGUUCUUCAUGUCACGCUUCUCGUUCCACCCAACGAGUGACAAUUUCCAAAGCGGCCAUACUUGGGAUCGCGCUCGGUGCAUUAGUUCUUCUUCUGAUGAUCCUCGUAGCAGUAUGUCGGCCCCACAACUCAAAACCAUUCAUUGAGGGAUCAUAUGACAAACCCGUUCACUACUCUUCACCAAAACUCGUGAUACUUCACAUGAACAUGGCGCUCCAUGUAUACGAUGACAUCAUGAGAAUGACUGAAAACUUAAGUGAAAAAUAUAUAAUCGGGUAUGGUGCAUCAAGCACAGUUUACAAAUGUGUUCUCAAAAACUGUCGUCCGGUUGCUAUCAAGAAACUUUACACUCACUACCCUCAGUAUUUGAAAGAAUUUGAAACCGAACUCGAGACUGUUGGAAGCAUAAAACAUCGUAACCUUGUGAGUCUACAAGGUUACUCGUUGUCACCUUCCGGAAACCUUUUGUUUUAUGACUACAUGGAAAAUGGUAGCCUUUGGGAUCUCCUUCAUGGGCCGUUGAAGAAGAAAAAGUUGGACUGGGAGACUCGGAUUCAGAUAGCACUUGGGGCAGCACAAGGGCUUGCGUAUCUACACCAUGACUGUAGUCCUCGUAUAAUUCAUAGAGAUGUGAAAUCUUCGAAUAUUCUACUUGAUAGGGAUUUUGAAGCACAUCUUACGGAUUUUGGGAUUGCUAAGAGUUUAUGCACUUCAAAAACCUUCACAUCGACUUAUAUAAUGGGGACUAUUGGGUAUAUUGAUCCUGAAUACGCGCGUACUUCUCGUCUCACUGAGAAAUCUGAUGUUUAUAGUUAUGGGAUUGUUCUUCUCGAAUUGCUUACUGGAAGGAAAGCUGUUGAUAAUGAAUCGAAUCUCCAUCAUCUGAUUCUAUCAAAAACAGCGAGCAACGCUGUGAUGGAAAGUGUUGACCCUGAAAUAACAGCAACAUGCAAAGACUUAAGCGAAGCAAAGAAAGUGUUCCAACUUGCGCUUUUGUGCACCAAAAGACAACCCUCGGAGAGACCAACGAUGCAUGAAGUGGUUCGGGUCCUCGGGAGCAUCCUCCCAACACCCCGACCCGACCCACAUGUGGGUCCCACCACAUUGCUUCCGUCUUCAAAAGUUUCAAGCUACAUGGAUGAAUACGCGAACCUCAAGACUCCACAUUUGGUGAAUUGUUCAUCCAUGAGCACCUCAGAUGCGCAACUGUUUCUCAAAUUUGGUGAAGUUAUAUCCCAAAACACCGAUUAAAGUGUAAAACGCAAAACUAGUCGAUGUUAUGUAAAAUGUCUAUAUUGGCCUUUGGGGUGUAGGGAGAUUUUUGGAAUUGUUGAAUGAAACUCUGGUUGUAGUAGUAGUAGUAUAGUAGUAAGUAGUAAGAAUAGUAUCCAUGUGGAGAUGUGUUGUACUUUAUUGAAAUUAUAUUUAUGAUGGUAGGGGCCAUUGAACAUGGGGUGGUUUAGGGGGGUGGGUGCACCCAUGAAGGUUUCUGCAAUAAAUGGGUCCGUGAAAAUGGGCUCCAUUUGGCAGAAGGGUGUUAAUAUAUCUGGUGCCAAGUCACAAUUCCCAAUGAAA